AUUUGUUUGCGCCUGGUGAUUCCAGGCUCAGAGUAGUUGGACAUCCAUCUACGGCCAGCUGACCACAGGUGCCGCUGAUCACAGGUGAGGUUGCUGAUUCUUCUGCUCCUUUGGGAAUUUUGCUGCGUGAGAAUGUUCUGCAAGUGAUUCUUCUUGCUUACAAUGAUAUGAAAUACAAAUCCACUGGUCCGAUUGUAGCUUGCUGAUUUUUCUACUUUUCUUGCACGCAAGGUGUUUGUGUUUUUGUCCAAACAGUACACUAUGAAAGGCAAUGCAACAUAUGUUCAUUCUGUUCAUGUCUCAUGGCUAUUUGUAAAUUUGUAUAUGCUUUAAUUAUUUUUCUUGGGUUUGGUAACCUAAAAAAUGGUCUAAUGCUUAUACUGUAGGUUGUGGUUGAAAACACUUGGCUUACAAAAUCAAGUAAAAUCGACAAGAUGGAAGGCCGGGUUCCAUUCAGAGAUAUUACAAAUGUUCACCCAACAACUUCACCAAAAAGGAACUACUCUGUCGUUGGAGAGCAGAAUGAUCCUUUAGUUGAAACCAGAAAUGCUACGCAAAUGAAUUCUUCCCAGCGUAAGCGUUACCGUGACCGGGAUAGAUACUUGCAAAUGACUCCAUAUCAGAGGGAAGCCUAUUUGCAAAGGAAUCGUGAGUACAAAAGAAUGAGGCGUGAGUGCAGCGCAAGUUGUAGUAAUACACAACCAGCACCCCAGCAGAAAAAUACAAGAGCUAAUAAGAACAUAUGCAUGACAGGAAAGGAAGUCGUGGCCAGUUCAAACUAUGAGAAGCAUGAUUCGGUAUUUACUCAACUGGGGUCUUCAUCAAAAGGAAAACAAGUGGCGGAUGUUGGUGGUUCUGGCACAAGUCGUCCAAAAGCUGGAACUCGAUUCACCAUCAGUCCAUCUGGCAUAUAUUUAUCAUCAAUAUCCUCGGAAGAUCAAGCUGCAAAAUAUGAAUUGAAAAAUGUACGUCAGCGUAAGCGACAUCGUUGCGUCAACAUGCACUCAGAACUGUCACAUGAUCAAGAAGAAACACACGUACAAGAGAUUUGUGGCCAUAAUAAAAGACAGAGGCCAGAAAAAGAAAGUUGUAGUACUGCACGGGAUCGUGGCAGAGAGACCAACAACUUGCAUGAAGACCUCAUUUAUGUGCCCCAGGAUUCUUUUCCUGCCAUUCAUGAAUAUCUGGCAAAUACUGAAGACUCUAUUGAGUACGAUGAUGUGAAUGAUGAGAGUCUAAUGUAUAAUAGACCAUGUCUUGACUUUGAAUCAUAUCAAGAGCCAAAGCAUGUCACAAAAUGCAUACAAGCAGAUCCAUAUGAUCAUAUAUAUCAUAAAUUGCCCCGUGGCUAUCAUUUUCUAGAGCGAGUGCCCAACUGUAGACAUUGCAAUGCGAAAAGGUUCCAAUAUGAGACGCCAACAUUUUGUUGCAUGAAUGGAAAAGUAAAGAUAGUAACCCCAGUGGUUCCUGAUGAAUUGCGUCAGUUGUACACGAGCCAGGAUCCAAAUGCAAAAUACUUCCAAGAUCAUAUACGGUACUUCAAUUCUCAUUUCUCUUUUACCUCUCUUGGUGUGAUCUUGGACCAAAGAUUCUGCAAUAGGAGGUCUGGAGUAUACACCUUUCGCGCACAGGGCCAAAUUUAUCACCGUAUUGACCAGUUGGUUCCAAAAGAAGAUGGCCCCAAGCAUUUACAGUUAUACUUCUAUGACACGGAUGCAGAUUUGCAACAAAGAUUUCUUCACUCGCCAAACCUUGACCAAACUCUGAUCCGGAAGUUGGUGAAUAUACUUUCAAAUCAAAGAGUAUAUAAUGCUCCGACAACAUCACAAGUAGCAGCAAUUUGGGUCGAGGGAAAUAAUCCUCGAAGUUAUUUUGACAGGAGUAUCAUGGUUUACGGUAAAUCGGACAAACCACAAUACAUAAAAGCAUACCAUGGUUGCUAUGAUCCAUUGUCAUAUCCACUUUUUUUCCCGAAUGGGGAAGUUGGAUGGAACCUGAAUUUACCAAAAGUUGCUCCCCAUGGUAAGAGGAAGAGAAAUGAUCAAGCAGAUGCUCUCAGCGAAGAAGGAGUGGAAAAGAGCUCUGGUUCUUGUGUAUCACCAAGGGAAUAUUAUUGUUAUAAGUUACAAAUCCGAGAUGGCGAGUUCAACGUCUUACUAUUUGGAAAGAGAUUAACUCAACAGUAUAUUGUUGAUAUGUACAUCAAGAUUGAAUCAAUAAGGUUGGCUUUCUAUUUACAACAGUCAACUCAGGUUCUCAUACGUGCAGAUUUAUAUCAAGGAUUGGUUGAUAGUGUUGUAGCCGGUGAGACACGUGCAUGCAUGACUGGAAAGCGUAUUGUGCUCCCCCCAAAAUUUAUUGGAGGACCAAGAGACAUGCGCCGAAGGUAUCUAGAUGCAAUGGCAUUGGUCCAACGGUUUGGAAAGCCAGACUUAUUCAUUACAAUGACUUGCAACCCGCAAUGGGAAGAGAUAACUAGAGAGCUGGAACCAGGUCAAUCGCCACAAGAUCGUCCAGAUUUGGUAGCACGGGUCUUCAAGGCAAAGUUGGAGGAUCUUAAAGAUCUUUUAUUCAAGAGGAAAUUAUUUGGUGAAGUUGUUGCACAUGUUCAUGUAAUAGAAUUUCAGAAGAGAGGCCUACCGCAUGCACACUUCUUAAUUAUUCUGAAGUCAACUUGCAAGAUUACUAAUCCAGAUCAAUAUGAUGAGAUAAUAUCAGCAGAGAUCCCAGAUAAAGACAAAUACCCUGUACUGCAUGCUUUAGUUAUUAAGCACAUGAUGCAUGGACCAUGCGGAGUUCUCAACAGUAAGAAUACUUGCAUGGAAAAUGGAAGUUGUAGAUACCAUUAUCCACGGACAUUCUCAGAGACAACACUACAAGGAAAGGACUCAUAUCCAAUUUAUAGACGGAGGGAUGAUGGUUGUCGAGUUCGCAUUAGGGGUGCGGUCUUGGAUAAUAGAUGGGUUGUUCCUUAUAGUCCAUCUCUACUUAUGCGAUAUAAUUGCCAUAUAAAUGUAGAAGUUUGCUCUAGCAUUAAGGCCGUUAAAUAUUUAUUUAAAUACAUCUACAAAGGUCAUGAUCGCGCAUCCUUUGUCAUUGAGUCCAGAGGAGAUAAUGUUUUUAUUGAUGAGAUUCGCGAAUAUAGGGAUGCAAGGUUUAUAUCACCUCCAGAGGCUAUAUGGAGGAUUUAUUCUUUCAAUCUAAGUGAGAUGUCACCUCCAGUUUUGCAGUUACAGGUCCAUUUGCCAAAUAUGCAUCUUGUGCAUUAUGAAGAUUCUGAUAAUUUGGAUAGCGUGUUACGCAGAGAAUCAUCUUCAAAAACAAUGCUUAGUGAAUAUUUUAGAAUGAAUUCUGUUGAUAUUUUUGCAAGGAAUUUCUUGUACAAGGAGUUUCCAGAAUAUUUUGUGUGGGAUAGCAGUUGCAAGAAUUGGAGACGUCGCAAGCAGAAACGAAUUCAGAUUGGUAGACUUGUGUCUGCGCACCCUGCUGAAGGAGAGCGUUAUUAUUUGAGGAUACUACUAAAUCACGUGAGGGGAGCCAAAUCAUUUGAGGAUCUACGAACUGUUGAUGGUGUUAUUUUCUCGACAUUUAGAGAGGCUGCACAGAGAAGGGGUCUCAUUGAGGAUGAUCGUAGUAUUUCUGAUUGUCUCAGCGAGGCUGCGGCAUUUCAAAUGCCAUCUGCACUUAGAAGACUUUUUGCAACAAUUUUAGUUUUCUGCGAGGUAACAAAUGUCCGUGAACUGUGGGACAAGCAUUUUGAAGCCAUGGGUGAUGAUUUUCGAAGAGAAAAUGUAAAUGCUGAAGUAAUUGAUCAGAUGGUGCUUAAAGAUCUUAGAAGUUUGUUAUAUUCAAUGGGAAAGGACAUAAAGAACUUUGACUUGCCCUGCUUAUUGGAUGAUAAUGAUUUGGAGAGCUUAGAUUGGAGAGAAUUAUAUGAUGAGAUGUUUAUUGAGGUUGAGCAGGAACACUUGGAUUUGUAUAACAAGCUAAACAAUGAGCAGCGACUUGCUUUUGAUGAGAUAAUGACUCAUGUCUUGCACCAGAAGAGUAUGGUUUUUUUCAUAGAUGGUCCGGGAGGUACAGGAAAAACGUACCUUUAUAAGGCUUUGCUCGCUAAAGUGCGAUCGAUGGGGCGAAUAGCUAUCGCAACAGCAACGUCAGGCAUUGCUGCGUCUAUCAUGCCUGGCGGUAGAACAGCACAUUCCAGGUUCAAAAUUCCCAUUAAUAUUCAGGAUGACAGCAUGUGCAACUUCAGUAAACAGAGUGGAACUGCAGAAUUACUCACGAGGUCGUCUUUAAUAAUUUGGGACGAAGUUGCUAUGACAAAGCGUCAAGCUGUGGAGGCACUUGAUAGAUCCCUGCGAGAUAUCACCGGUUGUGGAUCACCCUUUGGAGGAAAAGUAGUAGUGUUUGGAGGUGAUUUUAGACAGGUUCUUCCAGUGGUGAGGCAUGGCACUAGAGCACAAAUUACAGAUGCUACACUAAAGAAGUCUUAUCUUUGGCAAGACAUAAAACAUAUCAAACUUUGGCGCAAUAUGAGGGCUUUGUUUGAUCCAUGGUUCUCUGAUUUUCUCCUUAGAAUUGGUAACGGUAAAGAGGAAUCAAUUGGUCAAGAAUAUGUGCGCCUGCCUGAAGAAAUUGUUAUAGGUUACACGGAUUUGAAGGCCUCUGUUAGUAAGUUAAUUGAUGACAUCUUUCCUCUAAUGGACAAAAAUGGAAACUCACCGUCCUAUAUUAGUGCACGUGCAAUUCUUUCCACAAAGAAUGAAUAUGUGGAUGAGUUAAAUGAUAUGCUUAUUGACCGAUUUCCUGGAGAAGAAAAGGUCUAUUACAGUUUUGACUCAGUGGUUGAUGAUCCACAUAAUCACUAUCAACCUGAGUUCCUAAAUUCACUCACACCUAAUGGCCUUCCUCCACAUAUUCUCAGAUUGAAGAUCAACUGCCCUGUUAUUUUGAUUCGCAACCUUGAUCCUUCUAAUGGUUUAUGCAAUGGUACAAGGCUUAUCAUUAAGGCAUUUCAAGAGAACGCUAUUGAUGCAGAAAUUAUUGGCGGACAAUAUGCUGGGAAGCGAGUGUUCCUUCCACGAAUUCCUCUCUAUCCUUCAGAGGAUGAUGUUCUCCCCUUCAAGUUUAAAAGAAAGCAAUUUCCAAUUCGGCUUAGUUUUGCCAUGACAAUCAACAAAGCCCAGGGUCAAACCAUCCCAAAUGUUGGCAUCUAUCUUCCUGAGCCGGUGUUCUCUCAUGGCCAACUCUAUGUCGCUCUGUCUAGAGGGAUAUCAAGACAAACAACUAGAGUACUUGCAAAACCAAAUAAGGAUAUUGACCCAUCAGGGAAAAGCACAAAAAAUAUUGUCUACAGGGAUGUUUUGGUAUAAUUCAUGUACAUGAUGUGUAUUGCCGUGUGAUGUUUCUAAUAUGGUUGUAUUCCUGUAAAUAGUACUACCCAGGAAAUAUAAUGUUAUAUAGGGUUUCAGUCAUUAGCUUGUCCCUGUGAGAGUUAUUAUGUACCAAAAGAUAUAUUUGCAGUGGUAUUAUUCUAGCAUAUACAAUACUCAAGUCUUAUAGAUGUACCA